GAUCAGAGUUACAGGUACGAAAGGAAGGUAUAUGUACAGAUGUAAUGAUGUAAAAGAGCGUGAAAGUGUUUGACAAUGAUGGUGUUCAGGACAUUGUGUGUGGUGCUCCUAGUCCUCGCCAAAGGAUGCCGUUCACAGCUGAAUGCAGUCUGUGGCAAGGCUACAUUGAACACCAGGAUAGUAGGAGGACAGGAUGCUGUUGCGGGGUCUUGGCCUUGGCAAGUCAGCCUGCAAGUGCAAGGAAGCCAUUUCUGCGGUGGAUCCCUAAUCAAUGAGGGCUGGGUCCUCUCGGCAGCUCACUGCUUUGGAAGUUACAUUGCUUCCCAAGUGAGUGUGAACCUGGGGCUGUAUACUCAGCAAGGAAGCAACUCUAACAGUGUGACAAAGUCCAUCACUAAAGUCUUCACACAUCCGAGCUACAAUUCCAAAACAAGUGACAAUGACCUCGCUCUACUGCAGCUGUCUUCUGUUGUAACAUUCAGUACUUACAUCGCUCCUGUCUGCCUGGCUGCAAAUGGGAGCACUUUUUUCAAUGGCACCAUGACAUGGGUCACAGGCUGGGGAAGAAUCGGUGUUGGAGUAAAUCUACCUUCUCCUGGGACACUACAGGAAGUUCAAGUCCCAAUUAUUGGAAAUAGGCAGUGUAACUGUUUAUAUAACGUUGGAAGUAUCACCAGCAAUAUGGUGUGUGCUGGGUACUUGCAAGGGGGCAAGGACUCAUGUCAGGGUGACUCCGGAGGUCCACUCGUCAUCAAACAAGGCUCUCAGUGGAUCCAGGCCGGCAUUGUGAGCUUUGGAAAGGAAUGCGCUCUGCCAGGUUACCCUGGUGUGUAUACGAGAGUUUCUCAGUAUCAGGAUUGGAUCAAUCAAAUAAUCAUCACAAACCAGCCGGGCUUCAUCAAAUUUACAUCCAGUGGCACUGAUAGUGAUCUGCAGGCGUCCUGCAGUGGCCUGCCGCCUGUUACCACACCCAGUCCCACAACUACACUGUGUGGAGCAGCAAAGCUCAAUACUCUUUCAGGAACGGGGAGCUCCUUGGCGUCAGCAGGUACAUGGCCAUGGAUAGCCAGCCUGCAGCUUAACGGUACUCACGUUUGUGGUGGAACACUGAUAGCCGAGCAGUAUGUCAUGAGCUCAGCUGAUUGCUUCUCUAGCUCAACCAAACCCUCUGACUGGACUGUGAAUCUGGGUCAGCUCAAUCAGAAUGGCUCCAACCCCAACCAGGUCUCUGUCACUGUGACUAAUAUCACAUUCAGCAAAAGUGACAGCAAUAACAUAGCAGUGCUGAGGUUGUCUACCACGCCUACGCUUUCUGACUUCAUCCAGCCCAUAUGCGUGGACCUGGGGAAUACCAGCUUCAACAUCAGCACUCAGUGCUGGGCAGUUGGCUGGGGCUCAGGAGGAGGAGCUCAGCAAACACUACAGCAGUUCAGCACUACUAUAGUGAGCUGUGGAAAUACGUCUUCAUCAAACAGCAUCUGCACUGAAGCCAUACAGUUAGAACAGACUCAUAAAGGAGGUCCUCUAAUGUGUAAGAUAGGGCAGUCAUGGAUCCAGGCUGCAGUUUUAACCCUCGCCACCAACAGUUCGAACAGCACCACUGGAUCCACCAACAGCACAAACAGCACCACUAAUUCUACCAACAGUUCGAACAGCACUAGUGGCUCCACUAAAACCUUGUCAGAUGCAGCAUCUCGUGCCACAGAUAUCCAGGUCUUCACUAAGGUAUCCAGCUUCUCAACUUUCUUGAAGUCUACAGUGGGUUCCUUCCCGCCCAGUGCAGAAGGCAACAGCACAGCUUCGUCUUCCUCAUCUAACAAUUCAGGCUGUGAAGCUUUGUCAUCCCUUUCAGUCCUUGUACUCUCCCUUCUUGCCCUCAUCCAAACCUUUGGUUUAGAAUAAGCACCCCUAAUAAACCAAUAUAAGUAAUCAGGUAAAUUACACUAUGUCUAAGGAAAAGUACACUAUAUCUCUAUUGAUUCAUCUUUCACAUUUAGGUUCACAGUUUCUUGUUCUGGCUUUUUUUUUUUUUUCUUGCACUUUUUACCUGCUUGGUUUGAUGCAGUAAGCUCAGUUCAGAAAGGGGGUUAGCAUCCAGUUCUGUAAAUAAAACAGGGCAGCAGGGGCUUCCAAGGGGUUAGCCCUAUUGCCGCACGUUAAUAUCCAUAACCAAUCAUAGACAAAGUUCAAGAUAAGAAAACAAGACUAGCCAAUCAUAGGCAUCUGUAUGCUCAUGUAUAUGGAAUUAAACAGUUAAUGCUCUCCUCCAAGCAUGUUUAGCUUUCCUGCACUGUAAAAAUUGCUUACAGCAAAAUCCUGUUUACUAUUUUAUGUGAUUGUACUACCAGACAAUGUAGUGCAUAGUGGGAGGUUAAGCACUGAAAAGAAGUGAUUUCAAAUCCCAGUGCCAACAAGCUGCCAGGGUUGAGUCCUUGAGCAAGACUCUUAAUCCUCGACUAUUCAGCUGUAUCCUGCCUCAACUGUAAGUCACUUUGAAUAAAAGCAUCAUGCAAAUGUAGCAGAUUAGAUUUUAUUUUAAAUUUACUGUAUAUUACUGGAAACAUACAGUGAUACACUGUAAAAAGUACAGUAAAGUUACCUGUAAAGUUACAAUACUUUAGAGUAAAUAUGUUUUACAAUUAUUUACUGUGAAAUUUAGAGUGCUGCAAGCACUGGCUAGUAAAUUACUGUACAUGUUACAGUAAUUUUUUUUACAGUGUAUGAUCGGUCAUGUGAUGUAUGUCACGUGAAAGAACAGAAUGAGUUUCUGGGUGUAAAUCGGCAGUGAUUAAACUGGGAAAAAUAUCUGUCAAAAUUCAAAA